AUGGCAGAUUUGCUGGCACGAAUGGUGGACCAACAGGGUCAGGGUCAUGGGAAUAAUGCCGGAAACCCUGGAAAUAAUCCGGGCAAUCACGAAGGUGUGGACCGUGCCUUAGAGCGGUUCCAAAAUUUUGCACCCCCAAAAUUCAUAGGUGGACCUAACCCUGACUUAGCCGAGGGAUGGAAGGAUCGCAUGAUGGAUAUAUUCGCGGUGCUCGGGUAUCCAGAGGAACGACAGAUCCCCCGGACUUGGGUCAAUUUCACCCGUGAGUUUAACGAGAAAUAUUUGCCACCGAUUGUUCAAGAAAGGCGGGAAGAGUACUUUAUCCGCCCGCGUCAAGGGCCGUUAAGUGUGGCAGAGUAUGAGACACAAUUUACCAAACUCUCUCGUUUUGCUCCAGAGUUAGUACUAACAGACCGAAAGAGAAUUCGUCAGUUUGUCCAGGGAUUAAACGUGAAAAUACAAGAGGCAUUGGCGGCUGCCCAGUUGGAUACAUUCAGCCAGACCCUGGAAAAGGCACAGCGAAUAGAGACUGCAAGGAGUCAGGUGAAAGCUUUCCGUGACAAGAAAAGUACACCAUCUGACACCUAUACCUACACUGGCGGGCAAAGCUCGGGAAGCGAUCCACCUAGUAAGAGGAGUAAGGAAGCCGAUGGUACACGACCAGUGGGGACUCCGAAUCAAGGUAAAACAAGGGAAGAUCAAGCAGGAAAAGGGCUCCAAAGUGGUGUCUCACAUGGGGAAUCGAUGUUCGGAACCAGAAGAGUAUGUGAUGUCUGGGGGGCCACUAACCAUACGGAAGAUACCUGUUGGAAGAAAGAGAAAAAUCGGCGAUGUUUCCGAUGUGGUAGCAAUGAACACCUAGUUGCUCAGUGCCCUCAGAAGUCGAGGGAAGGAAAUAAAUCAAGGACGAAGGAAACUAUUUCUAAGCCGAUCAGGGACACAGAACGUAUGAAUUUUGAGAACGAAAUUCUUUUAAGAGGGGGAGGUUGUAAGUUCCCGAUUCGUCCUUAA